AUGGCUGCAGCAAUCAGUACGGAGUUUCGUCGCAUCUCAAAAUCGCUUCAGUGCUUUAAUCCAAUGUUCGCAAUGAAUCUAUUCACUGACUUUAUCAAGUUCACAUCAUUACACUGUCAGCCUCCAAAUAGCAAUAUCCGCCCGGCCGUAGGCAACCCAGAAGAUGCCUUUCCCGCACCUGUUCGCGCACCGGUCGCAAGCAUGAUGCCAGACAUAGCGGGCGACAUCGAGCACACCCUGCCCAGCAUCUACUCUAUCACCGGUCAUCGCCGUGACGCUGAUGUCGAGACACUUUUCCAGCUGCGAAUCGAGGGGAAAGACGGACGACAAGCUUGGGUCCCUGAGAGGGCUGUUCAAGAGGAUUCAGAAAUGGCGCUUUUCGCCUACUGGAACAGCGUCGCGGAUGGGCGUUUGGGCGCAAUGGCCCACAAAGACCUUUGGCAUCCUUUCAGGAUCGAGGGUCAUAGAAAGACUCAUAGGGGUGGUCAGCUAUUGGUUUACUGGGUGGGGUCGCCUGAUCGGUCUUGGCAAUACGAGAGAGUCAUUAGGAAGGCUGGUCCAAAGCUCGUCGAGGACUACUGGGAUUCUAUACGGCAACAUCAGAAACAGGACCAAAUUAUCCUUAGUGCGAGACAAUCAGCUCGUCGUCGACAUAGAAAGCGGAAGAUAUGUCAAAACCAUGCAAGGUCAAACAGGAUAACCGAGAAACACGCGUCCCCAAGGCGAUCGAGGCAGCCGACAUAGGGCGGAUAAGCUUGUGCAAUCUCGUAGAGGAAACUGUCUUUCUUGCGUUCAUAGAUGGGAAGAACGCCGCUACAACUUAAUUUUCAGGCACUGCACCAUUCGGAUAAUAAUUCC